CCUAAAAAGAAAAUGUACAGUACACUCGAUAAAGAAUUUCAGCAAGAAGUAAAGCUUUAUCGCGGCCGUGCAUCCAUCUAUGCGCGAUCGUUUUUCGAUGUACCAACCGAGUCGAGGAGAAAAACCGUGGCAAACUCUGCAGCAUUCUCCGAGAAACCGCGUCCACAUUCCAUGGGAGGAAAACACGUUCGAAAGCGGCGCGUAGCUGGCGCGCGCGCGUUCUGGGGUCCGCUCGCAUGCGCGGGAUUAUCGAGCGGAUAGGUGCGAGCGAGCGAGCGGAGACAGCGGAGAGGAGCCGAGUGUUGGUCGUAAACUCGAGCGUGAAGUAGGAUCAGCGCGCGAAUCAGCUAGUGAUCGGUAAACCAGAGAGCCGCGUCGUUAUGGCAGGCCUCGAGAACGUCUCGAUGAUCGCGGCGUAGCCGGAAGUUGGCCAAUCUGACUCGUUUGGAUCCGGAGGACACUGGGAAUGCAUUUAGCCGGCUCGCGAUGACCUCCGUCAGCCUCGGUUCCGUCGCUCUACCGUGACCCGACUCGACGGAUUUCACGCCCGUGGCCCUUGUGAUUGGCUACGUGGCCAAGUGACGACAAGUGCACUUCCGGGAUACGAUCUACUGCGACAGCGGGAUAACAGGCAUGGUCACUCUUGCGAGCAGCUCCUCCUCGGGACUCGCCAGACCCACCAUGCUGGAACAGCUUCUCGAGGAAAUUAACUUUCAGAGGACGAAGGAGCUAAGGCAGAUGCUCAAGGAUGACUCGGGCUUCGUGGUACUCCAAGGUACAACCUACUGGACGGACCUGUUCGUCAGGCACUUUCUCUUCCAAGCAGAGCACACAAUCGACGGCGACGAUCUCCUCUUCUUCGUCCGUAAAAAACACGUGAAGACGUCAUCGCGGUACUUGCCAAAAUUCGAAACCGAAGUGAACGUGUUUCGCAAAGACAGUAAAAAGCUGCCCAUCGGCGAUCCCGACAUCGAUUGGGAGGAAACCGUGUACCUGAACCUGGUCGUGCAUCAAUUCGACUACACUCUCACGUUAGCGAUCUGCACGAGGACCAGCCCCAAGGAAUUGCAAGUAUUACGACGACAUUCUCAGAAAGUGUACGCUAGUCCAAGUCGUCGACGCAUGGACGCCAAAGGAGAUCUCGAGGAGAUAACUUAUCCGCAUAUAUGCUUUAUGGUGGACAAUUUCGAUGAAGUUUUCUGUGAUAUUCUAGUCAGGGACGGAGAGAUGGUGUGCGUGGAAUUGGUAGCGUCGGAUCGUGAGGGUGCGAUCCAAGGUGUCAUUUUUCUUGGGUCCAUCAGAUACGAUGCUUUGAAGAAAGUAUACGAUGCGAGAUCGAGCCUCAGCACCAAAAUGGCGCAGCGCAUGACCUUUGGCCUGUUUUCCGGCGCGGCCUCGCAGAGAAUAGAGUUCGUUCGAAUGAAGGGACCUCGUGGCAAAGGACACGCAGAGAUGGCCGUGACGAAGCCGAAGGGUUCCGGAGCAGAGACACCCACCUCCGAGCCCGGUUACUGCGCCACGGAUUCUUUGUGGGACGCCGACUGGGACGACGCCGAAGAAUUGUUCAUGUAUCGGCAUCAACGAAGGUUAUCGGAUCCCAGCGCGAACUUGAACAAUUUCGUUCGAGGCGGUUGGAGAACGAAACCCGACACCGCGGCGACGAAAGCCAGGUCGGAGAACGAGGGUCUGGACUCGAUGGCGAACGGCCUGAACGAGAUCGAGGCUGGGGACGUUCGAGACGCCGACCUACAGGAUAGCAGCUGGGGCGGCCGGGGCUCGCCAGGAAAUCACAGGAGUCCUCACGCCAGACGACGAAGAUCCCCGCUUGUUCCUGGCAGGCAACAACGUCCGAAGCAAAAGCAACGUAACUCGUGGGAACGGGCCGGAAACGAGAACUCGCCGAAUCGCAAGGAGGCCUAUCACGAAACGGACGGCCUCCAGAACCACCAGCACCAUAAUCACAUCGAGGUCGGUAGCGAGAUACUGGUGCCAGCGGCGCCAUGUUUGACGGACGACAACGUGCGCCAAAAGUUGGACGCCGGGGCGAUUCUGGUCCACGGAAAGGAGGAGCUGCCUCUCGGAUACGAGGAGCAGGACAAUAACCGGAAACGCAGGCCAUACAGCACCGGCCAUAUUAACCACGAGCGUAUCAACAACCUGGAGAACGACGAGGAACAUCGACGUCUCAGCGACGACGAGGUGGUCAGGGUACGUCGAACGGACGGUGGACGUCGACGGCUACGAUCAGCUGGCUCCGAUCACGAAGAUUACUACACCGGUCGCAACAGGAACAGAAACGACGACGAGCAGUUGAAAGAUAAAAACGCGAACGCCCGUAUUACGCGUGGAAAUCUGACCACGCACAGACAGAGCGCUACCCUGCCGAGGAGGAGGCGAAGACGAGCGUUGUCCGGAAGCUUCGCGGGCAACCCACUUCCUCCUCAUCGAGUCACACCGGACGGCACAGCUAUCUACUAUUGGUGCGAGCUCCCGCGUCGCCCCGGCUCACAGGAGCUGGAUGAUGGAGCUUAUAACCCACUGUGGACGAUGAGAGGAUUCACCCAGACGUUCCAUUUCUGGAAAGAAACCAGACGAGCCCAAUCCGUUCCUCUGAACGCGUUUCUUACGUACAUUACGUUGCCCUGGUGGAGCAUUGCCAAAGAUAUUCUCGAUCACCGGGAAGGACCUAUUCUGACGUUUUAGCCAAUAUGAAAUUCCAUUUUAAUUUCCAAAGGAUUCUCCUUUUUCAUUCGGUUUCCCACUUUGUACGCACUUGGAUAGAAUCGUGGCCCAAAAUUGAAGUGUAUAGAAUAAGAAAUAAACGAGAUACUAUUUAUAA